GAUUCCGUUUUUAUUUUUACAUUUUAUAUGAUCACUAGGAUGAUUUGGGACACGCCCAGAUUAUGUUCGGCUCCCUUUCUUCCUCGACAUAAAGACACUUGCAUUUUCCUUCUGUUUCUUCCAUGGCUUUUCUUGCCUCUGGGUCCUUCUUGGGCCUGGGCUGCGCGCCCCCCGCCCCGGGCUGGCGCCUGUCCCUGCGCUCCCGAGAGCCAUACUGCCUCUGCCCAGUCCUCUUCCCUGCCUUCACCCCACGCACCCGCUGGCUGUCCUGGAAGCUCCGCCUGAUCCACUUGGUCACCCAAGCGGGGAGGAAGCCGGGGACGGAGGCGACGACGGGACGCGUACGGCCGGUGGGAGCGGAGAGCAGUCGGAGCGAGAGCGGCGUUCGCUGUGUGACCUCGGCGAGCGUCUUCGCCUCUCUGGGCUUCGGUCUCCUCCUCUGCAGGACUCGGCACACCUCGGGGCGGGUCCCGGACGGCUCCGCCAGGCGCCCCACCUCCCACUCCACCCGCGCCGCCGCGGGCGCGCGUUUCCGCCGCAGAGCGGCGACCCGGGGGCGCGGGCGGCGGCCGCGCCCGGCGGGGACCGGCAUCCCAGCCUCCGCGGCGCGCGGCUCUCCAUUGGCCGGCGAGGCUCUGCAGGGCCGCCCCGCAGCCAGGCGAGGCUGAGGGGCGGGGCCUGGCGCGCCGGCCGCGAGCUGCGGGCCCCGCGGAUGCUCAGCGCUGGCCGCGUCCCGCUGGCCGGAGCGUGCUCGCGCCGGCCAUGCAGGAGCCCCUGCUGGGCGCUGAGGGCCUGGACUAUGACACCUUCCCCGAGAAGCCGCCCCCGUCGCCGGGAGAGAGGGCGCGGGUCGGGGCCCUGCAGAACAAAAGGGUGUUCCUGGCCACCUUCGCAGCCGUGCUGGGCAACUUCAGUUUUGGGUACGCCCUGGUCUACACGUCCCCUGUCAUCCCGGCCCUUGAGCAGUCCACAGACCCAGAUCUGCAUCUGACCAAAACUCAGGCAUCCUGGUUUGGGUCCGUGUUCACCUUGGGAGCUGCUGCCGGGGGCCUCAGUGCCAUGGUCCUCAGUGACCUCCUGGGCCGGAAGCUCAGCAUCAUGUUCUCGGCCAUCCCCUCGGCGGCGGGGUAUGCGCUCAUGGCAGGCGCCCACGGCCUCUGGAUGCUGCUGCUGGGGAGGACGCUCACAGGCUUCGCCGGAGGGCUCACAGCUGCCUGCAUCCCGGUGUACGUGUCCGAGAUCGCACCCCCUGGAGUUCGUGGGGCCCUGGGGGCCACACCGCAGCUCAUGGCAGUGUUUGGAUCACUGUCCCUCUACGCUCUCGGCCUCCUGCUGCCCUGGCGCUGGCUGGCUGUGGCCGGGGAGGGGCCGGUGCUGGUCAUGGUCCUGCUGCUCAGCUUCAUGCCCAACUCGCCGCGGUUCCUGCUGUCCCGCGGCAGGGACGAGGAGGCGCUGCAGGCACUGACCUGGUUGCGCCCAGCAGAUGCUGACGUCCACUGGGAGUUCGAGCAGAUCCAGGACAAUGUCCGGAGACAGAGCAGCCGAGUGUCGUGGGCGGAGGCCCGGGACCCCCACACGCACCGGCCAGUCCUCAUCGCCCUGCUGAUGCGCUUCCUGCAGCAGCUGACGGGCAUCACACCCAUCCUGGUCUACCUGCAGCCCAUCUUCGACAGCACAGCCGUGCUGCUGCCCCCCAAGGAUGAUGCCGCCAUCGUGGGAGCUGUGAGGCUCCUGUCCGUGCUGAUCGCUGCCUUCGCCAUGGACCUGGCUGGCCGCAAAGUUUUGCUCUUCGUGUCAGCAACCAUCAUGUUUGCUGCCAACCUGACGCUGGGGCUGUAUGUCCACUUUGGUCCAAGGCCUCUGACCCCCAACAGCACUGUGGGCCUCGAGACCCUGUCCUUGGCAGGCACAGAGCAGCCCCCAGCCACACCCACCAGCUACCUCACUCUGGUGCCCCUCCUGGCCACCAUGUUCUUCAUCAUGGGCUACGCCAUGGGCUGGGGGCCCAUCACCUGGCUCCUCAUGUCUGAGAUCCUGCCCCUGCGUGCCCGUGGCGUGGCCUCAGGGCUCUGUGUGCUGGUCAGCUGGCUCACCGCCUUCGUCCUCACCAAGUCCUUCCUACUCGUGGUGAGAGCCUUUGGCCUCCAGGUGCCCUUCUUCUUCUUCGCCGCCAUCUGUCUGGUGAGCCUGGUGUUCACUGGCUGCUGUGUGCCUGAGACCAAGGGCCGCUCGCUGGAGCAGAUCGAGUCCUUCUUCGGCAGCAGGAGGAGGGCCUUCCUGCACUAGGCCAGGGAUCUACCCACCAGGGGCCGAACCACCGUGGCCAGGCCUCCACGGUGGUCACAAACUCAUGCCCUGUGGCCAGGAGGCGGGGGCCAUCCCUCACAUGGGCUGGAGCACAGGGUCAACCAGGACCUGCUUCUGAUGGGACAGACGGCGUGCUCCAGCUCAGGCAGCCACGGGGAGGCGGUGCAGGCCUGCGGGCCCUCAGGCUGGUCGCUGGCUCGUGCAAGGCCGUGUGGAAGACAGAACAGUACUGGAGGUGGCAGUGGCUCAGCACAGGGACAUCAUUGCUCAGCCUCCAUCAGGCGUCUUGGAGUGGACAGGAGGGUCUUGUGGACUUCACGGGGAACAUGUCCUACUUCCAGAGGCCAGGGCACAGGACCCAUACAGCUCAACCUCGGGGACAGGGGCAACUGUCUGCAAAGUGUGUUUACUAUUUACAAAAAUAAAUGAGUCAGAUCUG